AUGCUCGACCAACAACUACACCGCGCGCGCAUGGUUUCCAGCGUCGCCGCGACAGUCAUAUCGCUCGCGUGCGGUACCAACUAUGUGUACUCGGCCUGGGCCCCACAGUUCGCCGAUAAGCUCAACCUCACGACAACGGAGAGUAACCUGAUCGGAGCGGCGGGUAAUCUGGGCAUGUAUUCGAUGGGCGUACCUAUCGGGUUCUUUGUCGAUAACCGUGGACCCCGACCAGCCGUGGCAGCCGGCGCGCUUCUCCUCGGCCUCGGGUACUACCCCUUUCGCGCCUCGUACGAAAACGCGGCCGGUUCGGUUCCGCUGUUAUGUUUCUUUUCGUAUCUUACCGGCCUGGGCGGAUGUAUGGCGUUCCAGGCGGCAGUCAAAACGUCGGCGCUCAACUGGCCACACCAUCGGGGCACCGCCACGGCCUUCCCGUUGGCUGCCUUUGGCUUGAGCGCAUUCUUCUUCUCCCAGGUCGGAUCGCUCUUCUUUCCCGGAGACACCAGCGCGUUCUUGACUGUUCUGGCCGCCGGUACCUUUGCUCUGAUCUUCACUGGAUUUUGCUUCCUCAAGGUCUACCCCCACACUCCGGCCUACCAUGCGGUACCUAACGGGGGUUCCGGCUCGGACACGCAGCGGCUGCGGCGGACAUCGUCAUCGGAGGACGGCAAGGCUAGAGGAGCGCGAAGAUUCCCUGAUGUAGAACCUGGUAUGUCGACGCCCACCACCUACACGACUCCCGCGACGUCGACGCAGGCACAGACAGACGCAGAGGCUCCCGGACCGUCGUCGCCGUCAGCCAGCGCCCAGCUCCGUGACCAGACCGAUGUUGAAUCCGCCCGCCCCCCCUCGGACGAGGCACCCGAUAGCGACGUUGACGAGACCUCGUCCCUCAUGUCAAAGUCGUCCUCGCUGCCUGGUGAUGUGUUAGUGCAGAGCAGUGUUGAUAUGGAUCGUUCCCAUCGUGUAGAUAUCCGUGGCUGGCGCUUGUUGUCCAAUGUCGACUUUUGGCAGCUGUUUACCAUUAUGGGGAUUCUGGCUGGCAUUGGUCUCAUGACUAUCAACAAUAUUGGACACAACGUCAAUGCUCUCUGGAGGCGUUUCGAUGACUCUGUUCCCGAGUCUUUCCUCGUACAGCGUCAGCAGAUGCAUGUCUCCAUUCUGUCCAUUGGCAGUUUCGGAGGGAGAUUGCUGAGCGGUGUCGGAUCUGAUUUUCUUGUCAAGGUCGUAGGUGCCAGCCGCGCCUGGUGCCUCGUCGCGGCUAGUCUCGUAUUUUGCAUUGCCCAGCUCUUUGCCCUCAACGUCUCGAACCCGCACUACCUCGGUUUUGUUUCUGGCCUCUCAGGUGUCGGAUACGGCUUCUUGUUUGGUGUCUUUCCCUCGAUCGUAGCUGAGACGUUCGGUAUCCACGGACUUAGCCAGAACUGGGGGUUCAUGACACUCAGCCCUGUCAUCUCGGGCAACAUUUUCAACCUGUUUUACGGUGCCGUCUUUGACAGUCACAUCAUUGUUAGUCCUGAUGGUGACCGGUCGUGCUAUGACGGUAUCGACUGCUACAGGAAUGCGUAUUUUGUCACGCUGGGUGCUUGUGGGCUGGGGUUGAUUGUGACGUUGUCGACGAUCAGACAUCAGUAUGUUGCGAGGUUGAGGGAGGCGGGGAAGGGCGCGGCUGAGGAUUAA